GGAAAAGGUCCCUUAGCCCACUUGAUUCUAGCAUCUACCAUCUCCUCAUCGGCUGCUUAUUAGUGUCUCAUGUGCUUAUCAUGUGUCUCAUCAGGUGUUCCGCUUUGUCAGGAGGUUAAGUGGGCAGUCAGAAGUGUCUCAGACAAAACAUAAAACAGGCAGCAUCUCUCCCAAUCCUCCAGCUGCCAUACUGUACCUUGGUCCUUCGUGAACUUUGGAUGCAGAACCUGCACUUUCAUUACUAUAAGAAGGUCUGCUUGUGGUGCAAUUCCUUCAGACAGAAAUAGUGUGCUAACAUGAAGCUUCCGAUAGUGACAAGUUGGCUGGCUGUGUGUGUGCUGCAGACAUGCUCCGGGGACAGCCAUCAAUCUGGAAUCAAGCCAAAGAUGCUAGAACGGAUAAAGAAAGAAGUGACUGGCUAUAGAGAUGUAGCCAAAUCCAUCAUCGAUCUGGCGGUUUAUGGCAGUGCCCAGAACAGAUCUUAUGAGAGAUUAGCUCUGUUCGUUGAUACCAUCGGAAAUAGAAUCAGCGGCUCUGAUAAUCUAAAAAAUGCCAUCAAGUACAUGUACAGUGCCCUGCAGGAGGACAGGCUGCUGAAUGUCUCGCUAGAGCCUGUGAAAGUACCGCACUGGGUGCGUGGAGAAGAGUCUGCUGUGAUGCUACAGCCAAGAAAGAAAAACCUGGCUAUAUUGGGACUUGGUGGCAGCGUUGGAACUCCAGUGGAAGGAAUAACAGCAGAAGUUAUUGUCGUGUCCUCCUUUGCUGAAUUGCAGAAAAGGGCUGAGGAAGCCAAAGGGAAGAUCGUAGUUUACAAUCAGCCAUUCGUCAGUUAUGGGGAAACAGUCCAGUAUCGGUCAAGGGGAGCCUCGGAAGGAGCUAAAGUCGGUGCUGUGGCAUCUUUGAUCAGAUCAAUAGCAUCAUUUUCUAUUAACAGCCCUCACACUGGAUGGCAGGAUUACCAGAGCGGCGUUCCCAAGAUCCCCACCGCCUGCAUCACAGUGGAAGAUGCUGAACUGAUGGCUCGGAUGGCAUCGCGUGGUAUUAAGAUUGUCAUCCAACUGACAAUGGGAGCAGUCCAGCAUCCGGACGCUGAUAGCUUUAAUACAGUGGCGGAGAUCGUUGGGAGCAAAUAUCCUGAGCAGGUUGUGAUUGUCAGCGGACAUCUGGACAGCUGGGAUGUUGGGCAAGGAGCCAUGGAUGAUGGUGGUGGAGCUUUUAUCUCUUGGGAAGCCCUGUCUCUUAUUAACGACCUUGGUCUCCGUCCUAAGAGAACAAUACGUCUGGUACUGUGGACAGGAGAAGAACAAGGAGGAGUGGGCGCCAGCCAAUACUACGAGAGGCACAAGAAAGAUAUUGGGAACAUGGAUCUCGUCAUGGAGGCUGACAUAGGUACCUUUAUGCCGCUUGGUAUUCAGUUUUCCGGAACACCACAGGCCAGAGCCAUCAUGUCCGAAGUUAUGCAGCUGCUGGCACCCAUCAACGUAACUAAACUGUAUGACUACGCUGAAGGAACUGACAUUAGCUUCUGGAUGGAAGCUGGAGUUCCAGGUGCCAGUAUCAUUGAUGAAAUCAGUACAUAUUUCUGGUUCCAUCACUCAGAAGGGGACACGAUGACAGUACAGAACCCUAUCUGGAUGAACCUCUGCGCUGCUGUUUGGACUGUCGUCGCCUAUGUAGUAGCUGACUUGGAGGAAAUGUUGCCACGGUAAUACAAACCAAGAGACACAAAGGGAAUGUGAAGCUGCUCAUAUCUCUGCUGUCUGAGCAUUGCUCGUUAUAUGUCCUUUUUAUUUCACAAUAUCAGAUUUCAUCAUCACUCUUUAUUCCUCUGCAGCUGUAAUAUUGUUCCUCUUUUGUUUGUUUUUUACUUUAUUGUACAAUCUGAUUGCAUUUGUCUGGAAGCUUUGUAUUAGUGCAAAAAACUAUUUCUGUCUGAUUGUUUGAAAUAAAGAUACAGUUCCACUGCUUACUGUUA